AUGGCUCGUGAUAAUUUUUACCAAGAUUGCAAUUUGGCUACACGACAAUUAUUUCGUGCAGUAUUUACUACAUGGACUUUCGCUUGGUUUCUUCAGCAUGUUUGGAACAUUGAUCGAUUUGAAGCAUUACGAUGGCGGCGCGUUAGAAGAUUCGAAUUGGCAACUUACGAUAUUGCUACUGCAAAAAUAAAGUAUACUGAAGGUUUCAUGGUAAUUCCAUAUAAUGGAGAAAUUAUUACAAAACCAGUGCAAUUUUGGAAUGAUGAAAACAGACGAUUGGUUACGCCUAUCGAUUACGUUCUUUGUGUCAAUUUUAGUGCUCAAACGUGCUUGUUAUUCUUGCUUCAAUCAUUUUGGAAUUAUCUUGCAAAUAAUAUAGCAAAAACAACUUUUAUGGGUAGUUUUGAAUUCAAAUCAUAUAUAAUAUACUCCGUAUUCAGUUUGGCCUUGUUUCCAUUAUUACAAUGGCUAUUUCGUUACGAUAAUAUAUACACUGAAGUAGUCCCUCAAUUGGCUUUUGGAGUAAUUUUGUUCAUAAUCGGUUUAUUGGGUGUAAGAUCUCAUUGGAGAUUUACAAGAUUAUUAAGAAUUACCAGGAGUGCUAAUGCUUCUCAAUUGGGCAUUGUAUUAAAAUUAGAAUACUUUAAG